AUGUCACUCAAGUUCUACACAACCCCCAGCGCCGGGCGGCCAUGGCGCCCACCCAUGAUGGAGGAGGACUGCCGGCGCUAUCGCAACCGCGCGAGGCGGACCGACAAGUGGAUUCCUCCCCAGCUUGCUUUAGAAGAGGUCAUCAGGAACAACACAGCAUCGCCGUGCUCUCUCAACGACUUCAUGGACUUUCUGGUCUACGUCGAGCAGGAUGCCGAGCCCCUCCAGUUCUUCCUGUGGUUCUGCGAAUACAUCCACUCAUGGACGACGGAACUUACGCCCGAGCAGCGCGCCCUCGCGCCGCGCUGGGACCCGGACCGCGGUAGGACGCUCGCCCCCGGGGAGAGGCGGGCCAAGAACUUGAGCAAAGUGAGCAACAUCCUCGAGAUGCUCGACGAGGAGAGCAACCACCGCAUCAACAAGGCCGGCGGCAGCACACACAAGCGCAACGUGUCCGUGGUGACCAAGCUUCCGUAUCCCACGAUGGCUGUCAUCAAGGAAGAGAGGGACGAAGAGAGCAGAGAGGCCGCCGACUCUCAAGCUGCGCCGGCACCACAGCCUUUCCGCGCCGACAUCGACGCCAUAACGAACCACUACAUCGCCCUCGACGGUCCGCGCCGCCUGAACCUCACCAAAGACGACCGCAACGCCGUACUCGCCGCAACGGCCACCACAACGCACCCCUCGGCCCUCCUGCUCGCCUUCGAGAAGACCGAGGCUGUACUCCGCGGCAAGCUUCACCCGGACUUCAUCCGCUACUGCAUGGCCAACGCCAACCGCGCGACGACGCGCCUUCUCCGCCUCCUCGGCUGCUUGCUGUUCAUCCUCGGCCUUGCCCUCGACGCCGUCCUGGUCCUUUCUCCCGUCUCGCGGUACUACCGUCUCCUCUCCACGCCCCUCCUCUUCGCCGGCCUCGCCAUCCUCGUCGCCGCCCUCGACGGCGUCUCCCUCUCCCUCUACCUCACGCGCAGGCGCCAAAUCCGCCCCUGGGAGGUGCCAGAAGACCUCGAGGCCGGUACGGGCGCCGAGAAGCACCACCGCCGCAAGGCGACGCCCGAGAGCGUCGCCGGCACCGUCGAUCCGCUCCGCAAGCCGAGCCUGCAGACGCUGGGGCCUGCCAACGUCUUCUCCGGCGAGGAGUGGGUCGCCACGUAUGAGCGGCGGUGGCUCUGGCAGCUCUUGUUCGAGCGGAAAAGCGGAAGCCAGGACCAGAACCUGAGGCUCCUACAGCACGGCGUCGUGGCGGGUGCGGUGCUCUGGGCCACGCUGACGACGGUGGGCCUCGGGGUCGGGUCGGUUUUCAUACCCUCAUACGACAUGUUGUAA